UUCAACCGUCCGAUUAAGUCUGCCUGUUACUAUUGUGCUUCAUUACUAUGGAUAGAAUGGAUGUGUAACAUCUUACAAGGAAAGACGUGUGAAUAGCCAGCUAGGUGCGAGACAACAGACCGAAACAAAUAAAGAAAAAAGAACAUUAACGAGCUGACAUCAUUGUAAACAUCUACUCUUCAGAGAGGCUGUCAAAACUGUUGGAGAAUUUUGAGUCGGGAUUAAUGACUUCAGUUUACUGCAUAACAAAACUGAUGAGGGGGCUUCCCAAAACUAUAGCUAGUAAAGCAAGCAAGACAGACAGUUUAUAGAAAGAUAAACUGUAUGCCGGACCUUAGGAUAAAACUUUAACGGAGAAAUCGUGAAGGAAGCCGCAGCGUGGUCAACAACAUUUUUUACCUCAAGGAACACUUUGCUUUUAACAUUCUCUGGAACCUGAACAGGAAGCGAAAGCGAGAAGUUCCAUAGUUCUGCUGGCUAGCUAGAUGGGGCAGUGUCUGCACUUGUGUAGGGGUAAUGUUAGUUAGCAGGCUACCAAAAAUGGUGACAACAAAAAUAACAGUACGCUAGCUAGCUGAAUGGCUCGCUGUUUGUCAGAAUACCUAAAUGUAACGUUACUGUGUACGACUGCAGUGCUGGACUUAAAUUUCGUUUCCGCUGUGGAAAACGACAUCUCGAAGUGAAGGGUGAUGUAGUUUGGACGGUACCAUGUGAAAGAUGAGCAUCAUGAGGCCUACACGCAACCUGCUUUUGGGCUUGUGUCCCAUGCUGGUCCUAGGAUUCCUCUACUAUUCUUCGGGGAAGCUGCACUUCCGCGUGUGGGGACAGAAGCCACAGCCCGAAGUGGACCCCAUACUCUCCGUGGGACGAAUAGUAGGCCCAGUGUAUGAUAAACAGGGAUUCUUGGUGAAGCUGGAUGGUAAACUACCAGCCGAGCUGAUGUACAAGUAUGGCAAUCUCAGCGAGGGAGCCUGCAAGCCUGGGUACGCUGCAGCCAAGAUGACAGCCAUCUAUCCAAAGUUUGUGAAACCAGCCCCCAUGUUUCUGGACCAGAAUUUUAAGCGGCUAGCAAAAGUCAGCAAUUAUUUACCUCCAUUUGGAUUCAAAACACAAGAAAAGAUCAUAGAUGUUAUUUUAGCAGCCACAAAGAAGUAUGGGCUGGGUUCUGAUUUGGACAGUCUGGCCUGUAAAAGAUGCAUCAUUGUGGGGAACGGAGGGAUCCUUGCAAACAAGUCUUUAGGCUCCCACAUCGAUGAGUAUGAUGUCAUUGUAAGGCUGAACGAGGCCCCUGUGAGUGGGUUUGUGAAAGAUGUAGGCUCCAAGACAACCAUACGGAUCACCUAUCCUGAGGGGGCCAUCCAGAAGCCUGAGCGCUACGAGAAAGACUCGCUCUUCGUUUUCUCUGCCUUUAAGCCCCUGGAUUUCAGGUGGCUCCGACAGAUGAUCUUCAAAGAGAAGCCGAGGGUGACUGAGGGCUUCUGGAAGUCAGUCGCCCAGCAGGUCCCGCGGGAGCCAUCAGAGAUGCGCAUCCUGAACCCCUACUUCAUCCAGGAGGCAGCUUUCCACUUCAUCGGCCUGCCGCACAACAACGGGCUCAUGGGGAAAGGGAAUAUUCCAACACUGGGGACUGUUGCCAUAACAAUGGCCCUCCAUAAUUGCGAUGAAGUAGCCGUGGCUGGAUUUGGGUAUGACAUGAGCACCCCCCACGCCCCGCUGCACUACUAUGAGACGGUCAAGAUGUCUGCCAUUAAAGAGUCAUGGACACACAAUAUAUCAAAAGAAAAGGAGUUCCUGCGCAAGCUGGUGAAAGCAGGAGUCCUAACAGACCUGACCAAUGGGAUCUGAGACCUUUAUGGGGUUCCCUUUCCAAAUGACUUCUGGGGAAUCAAAGCUGGGACACAGAGAGAAUUGCUCACAAGUUGAGUGCCCCCCGCCCCCCCCAAAAAAAACUCCAGCGCUUCUUUCUGAACUGAAAUUCCAGCAGGCAGAAAGGGUGAUCCUUGGCGUGUGCCUUCUUACCCAAAGGACUUCCCAGAAGGAAUAUGGAAGCAAGCCUUAUUCUUCAGAACAUUGCAGACAAAAACUUUCUGAUAAGUACAAGCAGCAAGUGAGCAACACUAAAGGUGUGUUUUAACCGAACGCGACACGAAAUUCACAAGCGACGCGAAUGCAUGAAAAGUCAAAGGCAGGAGGCGAAUGGGCGGAGUUAAUCGCGGUGAAACUGCGAGCAACGUGAAGUGGGCGAAAUGAGCGUUCUCUUGAGUUAAAAAAUGUUUGAGUGAAAAUUUCUCCUGGCGAAAGUCAAUCACCUUCAAGUAGGGCUAGAAGCCACGCUCCCUUUCCACAAAUCUCAAAUCAAACUUAAUAGCAGUAGCAUUGGUGUAAUCAAAAAUGCUUGCUGUGACGUGGCACGAAAUUCGCUUGUCCAUUUUUCAGGCAAGCGAUCAGACUCGCGCGAGGAAAGCGAAGCGAAAUUUCACUUCGGUUAAAACACAGCUUAAUGGAUACAAGGAACUGAACAUGUGCUACUGAGACAGAUGGGGAAAAGAUAACUGUUUAUGCCAAAUGUACCUCUGGAGGAGGUGCCCUCCUCAUACGCCUGAAUGUAUUUACCAUGUAAACAGCAAAGAUACAGUGCAUUUAUCAGCCUGCACCGCCCCUCGGUACUGCUCUAAAGGAGUGUCUCCGUCCAGGUAACAGUGUACAUACUUUGCUCCUAUCUGGGAAGAAGUAUCAGCUGCGGUGUUUUAAACUCUAUCCUUUUUGGACAGUUUUAAAUGUUCUGGUUUUGAGGUAGUUGUGUUCUUUUAUUUGUGCAUUCCAUGAAGAUGGGGUGCCCUGCCUUUUAAAGUGUAUUUAAUUACAUUUUUCGCAAUUGGGAGAGAUUGAGUCCUUGGUGGACAAACAAGUAUGUGGGGUCAUUUCCCCUGUGUGCAUCCUAAUUGCUCUCCUGGGUCAUGUUUUAGACUGGUCUUGCUAAAAGGCUAGGAGAAAGAAGAUCCAGUCAACAGAAUGGUAAAAAUUCACAGUAUUACAAACACAUGAAUAUGAUUAUAUGAAAACCAUGAAAUGUUGGAGAUGAACUGUGCCUCCACCUAGUGGGUGUGCUUUUGUUGUGUUACACAUGCUUUUCUUUGAGACAUUUUGCUGUAGAAGUGGGUGCUGCUCUUGUAUCUGGUAAAUUUACCCAUGAGAAGAACCUUCAUUGACUCCCUAUGGAGAAUUUGAGGCUGUUCUUUUGGGAUGGCCCACAGCUGUACUGACCACACCCACUUACAUGAAUGCCCACCCUCCCACGUCGAAAUGAGGUGACACAUCAGCUGAUUUUACGUUCAACAGGAUAAGGCUGUGUUAUUUAAAAUUACGUUUUCUCUGAUAAUGAAUACAUGCUGGCUCGAGCGGGAAAACAAGGUAUCAUACAGAGUAGGGGCCAACUUCAUUUCAGUUCAGUCAAUUCAGGGAGUUAAUUGAAAUUUGAUUUAGGAAUUGAAUUACAACUCAUGAAUUGAAAAUCACUCUUGUGAUCAUGUUCAAUAACGAUUUUGCAAUUGAUGCGUUGAGUUUCAAUUAAUAUCUUGAAUUGCCUGAACUGAAAUGGAGUUUACCCCAGCUCUGGUAUUAUGAGGUGCUAAUUGUAGAGACAUUGUAUUUUGGGAUUGUAACACUGAGUUUAGGACAUGUCACUGAAGAAAGCACCGUAUCAUCCAUUACAUGCAUUAUACUAUCAACUGAUCUAUUGGCAAAGUGUCUCUUAGUCUUAGGAUUAAGGGGUCAUUGCUGAUAAAAAGGAAAUCAGUAGUAUGGUGGUACAUUUUUGUGUUUCGAGGUGUGUCCUAUGUGGCACUUCUAAUAAAUGGCAGUGGCUCUCUUAUGUCCCUUUCUGAAGUGGGUUUGAGUUGUUAUUUCAAAUAGGUCUACCUUGGAAGCACACAAUGGCCUCCAUAUUUAU